AUGGACACCUGCACCCUCCCAUCCCCCAACCAGGACAUCAUCCAGCACCAAAUCAGCUGCAUCAACCUCAACUCCAACUUGAAACUCUCCAAAAGCUCUCUGGGCUUCGAUUCCGAAAACCGACUUUUCAAAUCCCAGCGCCUCCAAGCAGCCCUCGCGUUUUGCCACAAAAACGUAGAAAACUGGUACCGAGAAAAAAAACACGUCAACCAGAGGGCGGAGUUUAUGUUUACUGUUUCUUGUCCUCUCGAAUAUAUCAAUACCUCUGUUCUUUUCGCACUAUUACAGGCACCCAUAUUAAAUUUACAAAGAACGAUGCUAACAUCAAUAGUCACCGCUGCCGACACAGGAAAUCACAUGUGCAAAGGCGGCCAGUUUGCGAGCAAAUCAGUACGGAAUACUGAACCUUAUAGAACCCGUCUCCUUAUUCUAACAAACGUUGGUUUGCCGUACAAACCGUGUGCAAAAAAAUCUAUGUCGUCUUCUGGGGUUCUCUUUUCCUCAAAUCACGAAUUGGCAGAUUUUUGGGAUGUUGAGGAUAGAGUAGCUCAGGCAAUAAACAAUUGUAGUAAAAUUGUUCAAGACGGUAUUCCAUUUUUUGUGACCAAAAUACGUCGUCUCUGGAAAUCUGUAAAUGAAAGUACCCCCUUAAAACACGACACGUUUUGCCCCGAGUGCCGGCAACCCCAGUGCGAAUGCAAGCAAUACGAAGACAAGCAGAUCAUCACAAAAGAAGCCAUGGAGAAGUUCCCUAAACCGAAAAAGUGGUACAAGUACUUCAAAAUCUUGGGAAAGAACGAAGAAGGACCGCAGUUCACCGACAUAAGAGAUCCUUUAGACGGAAUGGAGAAAGGAAAGAGCAUAGAGAGGUAUAAAGACAUGUCCAAGCUAAUUGAAGAGAAAUUUGGAAGGAAGAGCUACAACCCUGUGAAGAAAUCCGCGAGUUUUAUGUUCUCGACGAAGAGGAUCGACUUGGAGGAGACGUCCCACGGUGGGAAAAACAACCCGGCGUUGUUGAAGUGUCAGAGUUUGGACACGCAGCUGUAUUCUAUUUCGGAAAGCCAGAAGAACCACCCGGAGCGCGGGUCCAUGCGAAGCUACGACUUCCAGAUGUGUAUUCUGGAUGAAGAUGCGAAGGAAGAGUUGAAGUUGGACGAGAUCAAGCCGGUUGUUGAAGUCAAGUUGAAGAAGACUAAGCCGGAUCUGAUUCCGACGCUGCCGAAACAGGACCAUGACCAUUCGUAUAUAACUGAGAGGCUCUGCACGGAGUUCCACGUUAAAACCAAAGUACAAAAAGCUAAAUGUGGGAAAAUGGUGGACGGGAGAUAUAAGAACGAUCUUCCGAAGACCAGGUCUGUGGUGGUGCAGAUUCAUGAGGUGAAGUCCAGUGAAGGGUUUGUUAAUGUCGAUGAUAUUCCGUAUAGUCAAGUGGCUGAUGAGGUGUGUCAGCGGAAGAAUGAAGGGGGCGGGGCGAAGUGUCAAGAUGAGAAUAUCGAUGCCGAGAUUUGUGAGAGUUCUUCGGGUUGUCCGAAUUGUGAUAAUAGUAAAUUGUGUGAGUGUAAGAGGACUAAGACGGAGUAUUGUUAUGUUAAGUUAGGGUCGAAUGGUGAUAGUGUGACGCAGUCGGAUUCGGAUGAAGCUAUAUAUAACACGUUGAGAUGAGGAUGCGCUUAACUCUAAUUUAAUUAUUUUUUUAUUAAUAUUAUGAGUAAUACUGUUUCCUACCAAUAAAAUAUUUAAUAUUU